GUUCAGCAGCACACCCGAUUGGCCGAUUCUGUGCUUAAAAUUUCAAAAAGCCAUUGACUUUUCAAACCGUCCUUUCAAAUAACAUGGCCGCGGCAUUGGUUGCCCUCGCCUUAUUGGCGGCAGCGACGGCGGUGGCCGCCGCGGGAAACUUCAACCAAGACUUUGACAUCACGUGGGGCGACGGCCGCGCGAAGAUACUCAACAGCGGCCAGCUCCUGACGCUGUCCCUGGACAAGACGUCCGGGUCGGGCUUCCGAUCCAAGAAGCAGUACUUGUUCGGCAAGAUAGACAUGCAGCUCAAGCUCGUGCCCGGGAACUCCGCCGGCACCGUCACGGCCUAUUACCUUUCUUCUUUGGGUUCUGCACACGACGAAAUCGACUUCGAGUUUCUUGGUAACCUGAGUGGCGAUCCGUACAUCCUCCACACGAACAUAUUCACGCAAGGAAAAGGGAACAGGGAACAGCAGUUCUAUCUCUGGUUCGACCCCACCAAGGCCUUCCACACAUACUCCAUCCUGUGGAACCCUCGAAGCAUCAUUUUAUCCGUCGACGGAACUCCCAUAAGAGAGUUCAAGAACCUCGAGUCGAAGGGCAUCGCGUUCCCGAAGAGCCAGGCGAUGUGGUUGUACUCGAGCCUGUGGAACGCGGACGACUGGGCCACGAGGGGUGGGCUCGUGAAGACGGACUGGGCACAAGCCCCGUUCACGGCUUCCUACCAGGGCUUCGACGAUGCGCAUGCCUGCGUCUGGUCGUCGGGAUCCUCCUCGUGUUCCUCCUCCUCCUCGGCCAACAACUCCUGGCUGUCGGAGUCGCUGGACAACACGGGCCAGCAAAGGAUCAAGUGGGUGCAGAAGAAUUACAUGAUAUACAACUACUGCGCCGACGCCAAGCGCUUCUCGCAAGGAUUCCCUCCCGAAUGCUCUCUUUCUUAGAGGAAGAGUAAAGAAAAAAACACGUGCAUAUGAAUAUGAUCGCCAACCUUAUUCGUUUUCUUAGGAAUUUGUACUCCUUUCUUUCAUUUAUGUGAAAUAAUUCCUGUCCAAGUAGGCUUGAAUUUGUUAUUCCUCUCCUUAUCUUUGCCAAGCGAGUGCUUUAUCAGUGAGCUUGUACCUUGUGACUUCUUAAUUAAUAAUGAAAAGCUUGGAUUUCAUGCA